GUUUUUUACUCUGUUUCUUGGUUUUAUUUCAUGAGCAGAGCAGACUGGGAAACAAUAGGUGGUACAGAAUUUGCGUUACUAUCUGAUGAAGAACAGCAAGGAGAAUACAGACAAGGAUGAAAAGGGACAAACUUUCCUGUUGUCCUGGGCAAGCUGUGGUUACUACUGGAGGAAAAGGCCCAGACUUCUUUAUUUUAUCUUUUGCAGCUUUAUUCUGGCACCUUACUUCAUCACCUCCUUUAUUCUGUAUCGUCUUUAUUCAUUUGGUGUAAAAGAUGAAGGAUUUCCUGAUAACAUGGACGUAAAGGUUCCUGUUUUAUCUUCGGUUUCUAAUGGGACAAUUUGCUGUGACAGAAGCCAUUUUCGGACUGAUAUUUGUGUCAUGAAGGGUGAUGUAAGAACACACUCUGCUUCAUCUUCUAUCUUCCUCUAUACCUCAAAACACGACAACGGAUUCAUCAAUAAUGUUUCAAACGUUGUCCAACAUGAAAAAAUCAAACCAUAUACUAGGAAAUGGGAAGCAGGUACCAUGGCCACCAUAGAUGAAUUGGACCUUGUCUCCAAGAGGGAAAAUCCGGGUUUGGACCAUAGGUGUGAUGUGCAUCAUGAUGUUCCGGUAGUCGUAUUCUCAACGGGAGGUUACACUGGGAACGUUUACCAUGAAUUCAAUGAUGGGAUUUUGCCAUUGUACAUAACAUCUCAGCAUCUGAACAAGAAGGUUGUGUUUGUGAUUCUUGAAUAUCACCAUUGGUGGAUGAUGAAGUAUGGAGAUAUCCUACCACACCUCUCAGAGCAUCCGGUAAUCAAUUUCACCGGAGACAAUAGAACUCAUUGCUUCCCGGAGGCAAUUGUUGGUCUGAAGAUCCAUGAUGAGCUAACUGUGGAAUCUUCCCUAAUAAGUGGGAAUAAGAGCAUUGCGGAUUUCCGAAAUCUCCUAGACAGAGCUUACUAUCCUAGAAUUAGAGCUCUUAUGGUCCGAAACAAGGAGAAAAAAGAACAUCAACCCAGGAAACCAAAGCUAGUAAUCUUGUCUCGCAAUGGUUCUAGAGCGAUAACAAAUGAAAAUUUGUUGGUGGAAGCAGCAAAGAGAAUAGGGUUUCAAGUUCGAGUUCUGAGACCUAAACAAAGCACAGAACUAGCUAAGAUUUAUGUAGCCCUUAAUUCAAGUGAUGCCAUGGUUGGUGUCCAUGGUGCUGCCCUGACACAUUUCUUGUUCAUGAGACCUGGAACUGUGUUCAUCCAAAUCAUUGCCCUUGGAACAGAUUGGGCAGCAGAGACAUACUAUGGACAUCCUGCGAGGAAGCUUGGUUUAAGGUACAUUGGGUACAAGAUCCUUCCUAAAGAGAGCUCUUUGUAUGGGAGUUAUGACAAAGAUGAUCCUGUUCUUACAAAUCCAGAAAGCGUGAGUAAAAAGGGAUGGGAAUUUACUAAGAAAAUUUAUCUCCAAGGUCAGACCAUUAAAUUAGAUAUUAGGAGAUUUCAGAAGCAACUUGUUCAUGUUUAUGACUACUCCAAAACCAAAAUGAACAAAUACAUUCACCAUCAAUCACAAUAAUUUUGAGCCUGUAAAACAAGAAUAUGUAUAAAGGAUAUAGAUGUAAUGUGACACCUUCAUAUGUUAAUAAAUUAUUAUUUAUAUU